AUGGUUAAAAAUGCUUAUAGCUUGUGUGACUUGUUUUCAGAGGUGAUUGAAUGGAUUGGACCUGAUAAUGUUGUUCAUGUAGUGACCGAUAAUGCUGCGAAUUAUGUUGCUGCUGGUAGGCUUAUUAAUAAAAAAUUUGAAAAUAUUCACUGGUCACCUUGUGCUGCUCAUUGCUUGAAUCUUAUUCUAAAAGAUAUAAGCAGCAUGCCACAUAUUUAUAGCCUUACAACGUGUGCUUCGAAGAUUAUUGUGUUUGUAUAUAAUCAUACGGUGUUCUUGUCCUGGCUAAGACAAAAAGAUGAUUGGAGGGAGAUUGUUCGUCCAGGAAGGAGUGCUAAUGGGAGAGCUGUGAGUGCAAUUAUCCUAGACAAUAAAUUUUGGGAUGAUUGUUUUACUAUAUGCCAAAUUGUGAGUCCGUUGAUUAAAUUGCUGAGUUUGGUAGAUGCCGAUGAUAAACCAUCAUUGGGAAUUGUUUAUGAAGGUAUGCUAAGAGAAUCACUUGAUGUCAUGCGAGCUUUACUUGAUCUUGUUACAUUGCAUUGCAAGGUUAAUAAUUUAGAUUUAGUUGAGGCAAUGAAAGAAAUACACUUAUAUAGAGAUCGAAAGGAAAGCUUUGAUAGGCCUGAAGCUGUUCCAGCUGCAAAAAAACUUCAACCUGAUGAAUGGUGGAGGUUAUUUGGUAGUUCUGCUCCAUGUUUACAAAAAAUGGCAGUUCGCAUUCUUAGCCAAGCAUCUGCUUCUUCAGGGUGUGAAAAGAAUUGGAGUCUUUUUGAUCAAAUUCAUACAGCAAGAAGGAAUAGAUUGGAGCAUGAUAGGCUAAGUGAUAUUGUGUAUGUUACAUAUAAUUUGUGUCUUAAAUCCAGAAAGCAAAAGUCGCAAUAUGAUCCAAUCGAUAUUGAAACUAUUGAUAAGGUUGAUUUUUGGGUGACGGAAGAGGUUGUUGAAAAAGAGCCUGAUCUUCCAAGUAAUAUUGAAGACUUGCUUGAUGAGAUUGAUGCUGAUUUAGAUCAAGGUGGUGGUGUUGGUAGUACUAGUACAUUUUAUGCUGCACCACUUGCUUUUUCUGGUCCAAGUAGUGGAAAUGAAGGUGAUGAAAUCAAUGACGCAAAUCUGCAACAAAUUAUGGAGUACUUUUUCUGGUCCAAGAUUGAUGCUGCUAUGUUAUGUUUGGUUGUUUGUUUGUUGACUUUUGAACUUUGA